CACGCCUUUCGUAGUUUGUUUGGACAACAUGACUUACUGCAUGAUAUCUCAUAUGUAUUUGUAUAUAUCUCAUGUUUUCUCUCCCCUCCUCCCCCCUUUUUCCCACCUCUCCUUGUUUUUUCAUAUGUCAUCACCACUCUCUCUUCUGUCUCUUCUCUCUUAUUCUGUCUCUUUCUUUCUCACUGUUUUUAUCAGUCAUUGCUUGUCCCAGGCAAAAGUCCGAGUAAAUAUGGACGCCGAGGCAGUGCCAUAGGGAUAGGAACAGUAGAAGAGUCUCUGAUAAUCCCAGGGAAAAGCCCAACCAGGAAAAAGUCUGGCCCUUUCAGCUCCCGGCGAAGCAGUGCCAUCGGCAUUGAAAACAUUCAAGAAGUCCAGGAGAAGAGUAGAGAUAACUCCCCAAACACUCAGAAGACACCUGACAGUGGCCACGCCUCUCAAGAUCCCAAAUCUGACAAUUCAUCCAAUCAGAGCUCUCCUGAGGUGCUCACAACUACCAAGAACAGUUCUUAUCUUGUUGGCAGGGCCGCAUCCAUCCCUGAGGCUCACGAUCUUUCCCGCUCGUCCUCCAACGCCAGCAGCUUUGCUAGUGUGGUGGAGGAGAAUGAGACAGAGGCAACAGAGGAAUACGACACAGGCAUGGAGAGUCUGUCAUCUGCUGGAACACCACAUAAGCGAGACUCCUUCCCCUACAACACUUGGCUGGAGGACAACAACAGUAACACUACUAGCACCAGUCGUGGGAGCUCCCCAGGGCCUGGUAAACCUGAUCGAGCAAAGGGGAUGAAACUGGAACGAUCACACAAUCAGCAGUCCUCAUCAAACUGUUAGCUCAACUCACCUGGUAGUGUCCUGGAUCUCCAUCUUCAGCAUUCCCAUAAGUCACAAUCCUUCUGGGAGAUGAGACAAGUGCAGGCAUUCGCCAUGACCAGUGAUGAGAAGGAAAAUGAGAAAGAAGAUGAAAAAAAGAGAAAAAGCCUGGCCAGUCCGCUGCUCGGUGAGGCCAGAGUUCAGCAUAUCUAGAGAAACCUGGAGGACACUGGAGUGGAUGAUGCACAGAGGGGCUCAGCUUUUGCACAGUGUUCUUUCCUUCCACUCUGUUCUUUGCCUCUUUUUUUAAAACCUGACCUUUGUUCCAAAAUGCACAAAUAUAAUUGUUUUAUUUGUAUGAGAUAUUACCUUGUCUGAGUUGUCUCGUUAAAGCCGAGGUGUGCUGGUUAUACACGGUAAAGACAGUGCCAUUGUGCUCUCUGUUGAGACUGAGUGAAGGACUGUUGAUGCAACAAGUGAACUGCCUGGAUGGUUUUACCAAAUCAACCACGAUAUUGGCUUAAUGAAGAUUUCCAGUGUACGUGUUAUACAAAAUAUUUGGCAUCACAUUUGAGUAUUUUGUCACAAAAUAUCCAAUGUGAUAAAAAGUUCUAACAUUGCUGUUAAUGUGAUUAUUUUCUGGGUAAAAUACAAGUGUAACUGCAGCAAAUAACUGUGUUCUUUGCUCCAGGGCCCACUCUUACCUACCAAACUUAACAUCAUAGUUUGUGGUAAAGAUAGCAUUGUAUUGUAAAUACCUUGAAAUGGCCUUAUAAUUUAAACAAUUUCCCUGGCCUUCAGUUUUUUUUACCUCACUUUUUUUCACUCACGUGUUCUGCAGCCAAUAACGGGAAAGCAGUAUUAGAUUAAAUGUGAAACUAAUACAUUUAGAAUAAUUUUAAGCACACUAGUUUAAAAAUUUGUGGCAUAAAUCUUUAAAAUCUGCUAAUGUAUAAACAUACUGUACCAAUCAAUGAGUGAUUUAACUGAUUUGUCCGUCUUAAAUGUUGAUAUGCAGAUAGCUCUCAACAUUAUGCUGUUUUUUAUCUCUCUCUAAUGUACUUUUUUAUUUAUUGAUUUGGUUCCUUUUAAAGAAGUAUUUAUGCUGUACCUCUAUGGUGACUACAAAGACUACAAACAGCCAGUCAUAUGCUUGUACUGUCUGUGUUGUUUUGGUGUGAACUAUAUUGUUGUCAUCUGUAAAGCUCUGUCUAUUUCAGGGGUUGGGAUUUCAUUGAGUGCAGUAAAUUUGCAAUGCAGAUAUAUAUAAUGAAACAGUGAACCUUUAUUUGCUUUUAAAGCAAGACAAAAACGCUAAAUACCACUACUGAUUUUGUAAAUAGAUGUUAAGUUUGAGGACUGUAUGUGUAAUGUAUAGGCAGAUAAUUCAAAAUAGGAUUGACCAAUUACUGCCAAGUUAAUUUUUUUGCAUUUUUUAUUUUGUUUUUCCAUAACCUCAAAUUUGAAAUAUUUUGAGAGGAUUUUAUAAAUUAAGAUAAUUUCAGAGACUGUUCUAUUAAAGGGAAAUCUCACAGUACAUCCAGCUGGUCAUUUCAGUUGCCUUAUGUUGCACACUGAUGGUGUAAGCAUAGCUAGUGAAGCAAACAAGUUAUGGGCAGCAGGAUUUACAGUGAAAUGAAUGUUUUGUCCUUGAUGUUAUUUUUGGUUUUUGUAAAUAAAUACCCUGAGAACUUUA